AUGGUCAAGAAGAGCAUCGAGGCCAAGGUGCGGCCGCUGGCCAACCCGAGCCUGGAAAAGGCCAGCCUGUUGGGCGCCGCGCGCAUCUACAUCAGCAAAGAGUCGCUGCUGGCCCUGACAAAUGGCCUCGACCACGGCCGGCCCUGCGUCGUCGACAAGCUCGACCCGCCGUCGCCCGCGCUGCCGCGCCGCCACGCCGCCCUCUGGCUGCUGCCGGACAAGAACGUCGGCCCAAACGUUGUCAUGAUGACCCGGGCCUACCAGGAAGCCUCGGGAUUCCGCAUCGGCGACCAGGUCCGCAUUGCCCUGGCUGAGGAUCCGCUGCCGGAUGCCGACGAGGUUCUGGUUACCCAUGUGGCCGGCGGCGGCGGCGAUGACCAGCAGCAGCAGCAAACAGAAUCAAAGCAUACCCCUGGUUGGGAGUUUUCUCUCAGUCUCUCCAUGGACCGCGCCGAGCACGUCUUCCCCGGCAUGCUCUUCGAGGGCGUCAACAUCAACAAGCUCCGCCGCUCAUUCAAGGUCCUCUCGGUAAACUCCAAGACGACCAACCUCGCCAAGUUCCAGCUCGCCUCGACAACGGUGCGCAUCCUCCAGCCCGGCGAGCAGGACGCGCAAUCCGCCGCCGCCUCCGGUUCCGGGACCGGAAUCGCCGGCGACCUGGUCGUCAGUGGCGUACCCGGGCUCGCGACCCAGGUCGACGCCCUCAACCGCUUCCUCCGGGGCUUCGGCCGCCCCUUUUGGGUCAGGGGCGAGCGCGAGUCGUGCGCCUUCGUCGUCCACGGCGGGCGCGGCACCGGCAAGACGAUGAUUCUGCGCCGCGUCGAGAAGACGCGCUGGGGCAAGGCGUACUGGGUCCGGCCGUCGGAUAAGCUGUCGACGCUGCGCGAGACGUUUCGUCAGGCGCGCGCCCUGCAGCCCAGCAUGGUGCUCGUCGACGGGCUCGAGGACCUGCUUGCCAAGGAGCGCCCCAACCGCGAGGCCGUCAUCGAAGCCCUGGCCGACGAGCUCGACAGCCUCGCCGACGAGGCCGCCCGCAACGGCGCCCUGCCGCGCGUCGUCGUCGUCGCCACGUGCCUCGACUACAUGACCGAUGUGCCCGCCAAGCUCCAGAAGCGCUCCCGCCUCCGCGACAACGUCGCCCUGCCCAUCCCCCGCGCCCCUGAGCGCCUAGAGAUCCUCAACUACCUCGACCCGCCCCUCCGGCCCGAGCACAGGGAGCAGUGCCUCGCCAGCAUCGCCGGCAAGACGCACGCCUUCAACGGCGACGACCUGGCCAACCUGGUCCUCAACGCCAAGCGCAUCCUCGGCGACCGGCUGGACCGUCAAGGGGUCGCUGCCGCCUCACCAAACCUACUACUCCCAUCAUCCUCGUCCACCUCGGACCCAUCGCCUCCGCAGCAGCAGCAACAGCAACAGCAGCAGCACUUCCUCACCCCCGACGACAUGGACCGCGCCCUGCGCGUCACGCGCCCCACGGCCAUGCACGACAUCAACCUCAAGCCGCCCACCAUCCACUGGCAGGACGUGGGCGGGCAGGAGAGCCUCAAGCGCGUGCUGGCGCGCAUGAUCAAGAACGCAAAGGACACCAACCCGGCCUCGCGCCACGUCCUGCGCCACCCGCCCAAGGGCCUGCUGCUCUACGGCCCGCCCGGCUGCUCCAAGACGCUCUCGGCCCAGGCCAUGGCCACCGAGUCGGGCUUCAACUUCUUCGCCGUAAAGGGCGCCGAGCUGCUCAACAUGUACGUCGGCGAGUCGGAGCGCGCCGUGCGCACCUUGUUCGAGCGCGCCCGCGCCGCCUCGCCCUCCAUCAUCUUCUUUGACGAGAUUGACUCCAUCGGCGGCCAGCGAGGCGGCGGCGGCGGCGCCACCUCGUCGGCCCGCGCCAGCUCGGGCGCCGUCAACAUGCUCACCACGCUCCUCACCGAGAUGGACGGCUUCGAGGCCCUCACCGGCGUCCUCGUCCUCGCCGCCACCAACCGGCCCGAGGCCAUAGAUCCGGCCCUCCUGCGGCCCGGCCGCUUCGACCAGGUCCUCUACGUCGGCCCGCCCGACCUGCCCGCCCGCGAGGCCGUCUUCGCCGUCCACCUGCGCGGCCUGGCCCUCGCCGACGACGUCGACGUGCCCGCCCUCGCCCGCCUCGCCGACGGCUACUCGGGCGCCGAGAUCAAGGCCAUCUGCAACGAGGCCGGCCUCGCCGUCCUGGACCGCCAUGAUGAUGACGACGACGGGAAGGCAGCCGGCGCGACGAGGAACGUUACGCAGGACAUGAUUGACGGCUACGAGGCGUGGCGGAGGCAGUUUAGAAGAGUACCAUAG